GAAUUUUGAAAACUGUAACCAACAAUAACCCCAUUUUUUUUCUGUCAUUGUUGUCAAACCGGAACUCACGUCUGUAAAUUUCUGUUGUUGGUCGGUUCACUGUGGCGGUGGGUAGCCAGGACGGAGUUCUAAAAAUUGGUACAUUUAUCGCUGAACACGCCUUUUCUGCACUGUAUCGGCUGUUAGUCCGCAUGUUGUGAAUAAAUGCUGAUUGGGCCAGUUCAGUUUUGAUUUAUUAGUUAAAAUCUGUUAAAAAGUGUUACGAAAGAGCCCAAGACCAGCACUAACGCUCUGAGACUGACGGGUGAGAUGAGAUUGGAUACUGUCUGCUAAAAGGCUGUUUUAAGACGGAGAAGACAUGGCGGAUGCGUAUGGAGACAGUUCUGACCCUGAAAGCCCUGGGUUGAACCGAGGCUGUCUGUUGGACCCGGCAGAUCUGCUUUGCUCCGACAUGUCCAUCAUCGUCCCGGAUACUCCCAGCCCUCAACUUGGAAAACGGAGAAGAGCACGCAACAGCCGGGAUGUACAUUCUAAUACUGCUACUGUCAGCAGCUCAUCUAGACUCGCUGAACUCACCCGGGGCUCGUCUCGCCGAACCAAACGACGGAAAUUGAUCGACUCCAAAGCGGACUCAAGUCAUGGGGUUUUCUCUGCUCCAUCAGUCGAAGAAUUUCCUUUGGAGAGUUGGCUGGAAUCUCCCCAUCCCAGCACUUCCUCCUCCUCCUCCUCCUCCUCUUCUUCUUCUUCCUCCUCCUCCUCCUCCUCUUCAUCAUCUUCAUCUUCUUCUGCCUCUUCCUCAGCCUCCUCUUCGUCCUCUUUGUCUUACUUAAACCCUGCCUAUGAACGGGAUGGGGCUUCAACCUCGACAGAAUCCACAGAAGAUGUUAUUCCCGUUUAUGCUUUUACGCAGCCUUCUCCCCUAAUGCAGAGACCGUCCAGCCCUGGGUCACUGUCCUUCCUCACGGACGAGGAGAGACGAUGGCUGAAUGGCGAGGAAAUACCGACUGCAGCAGCGGUGGAGGAGAUCGUGAUCAGUGAUGAGGACGAGGAGGCUGUGGUUCGUACGGCACAGAUGGAGGAAGAUGAGGCUUUAGCUCGAAGUCUACAGGCUCAGUUUGACAGUGAACAGGCCGAGACGCACAGGGGUCACCAUCACCAUCACUUCCACAUAAACCCACCACCUCACAGCCACAUGUUUAAUCCAUAUCUGGAGCAGAGUUGGAUGCCUCGGCUCCUGGCUGCUGUCUCAGGGUAUGAAGAAGAUUUCCUUGGUCCAGGCACAAGACGUGGACAAACGAGAGGUCGGAGGAGAAAUGCAACGCGCAACGUUUCAGACAUUGAACUGGGAAAUGAUUAUGAGGCUCUGUUGGCGUUUGAGGAGCGGCAGGGGGCAGUUGUGUCGAAGAAACUCAGUCGGAGAGAAAUCCACAGGUUUCCAACAAAAAAAUUCCAGUCUACAAGUGCAGCUGGCAACACACAAUGCCAGAUUUGCUUCUGUGACUACACUGAUGGAGAGAAGCUAAGGAUGCUGCCCUGUUUCCAUGAUUACCACGUUCAGUGCAUCGACAGGUGGCUGAAGGACAACACUACAUGUCCCAUCUGUCGAGCCAAUCUCGCAGACGGUGCUUCACUGGAACCAAACAACCAUUGACCUCUGAUCUCCGUUCAACUUUUAUAUAUAUUUAAAUGUUUCCCAUUCAGACCACAAGACCUCAAUAAAAUUCAGUGUGUUUCAUUACGGCUUUAUUUUCCAUAUAUCCAUCUCAGGAGUUCAUAGGCAUUCCCCUUCCUGUCUUUUAUAGAGAAAAGUUAAAUAAACUUUUGUUUUUGUA